AGAUAGUUUUCGACCAUCCAUCCUUAUUAGGCUUUUUUAGUUUCGCAGCUACGAUUCCUGCCUUUAAACGAUCUGGAAAGAGGUGUUUCGAUUCUUCAGAGCAAAGAUGCUGGUGCUCUUGAUCAAUACUUAUAACCAUGAAUGUGUUUGGGUUGGAAACGCAUGGGUAUGGCGAAGAUCAGUGGGGAAAUGAGCAGUAAAGAUUCUCAUCCAUAUGCAUUCCAAGCUUCAGGACCGCGAAACCUUUCUUCUCCCAAUUGGAGAGACCUCAUCAACUCCAGCUGGAAGAAUGAGAACUAUAGGAGGACAGUGAUGGCCUGUUUGGUACAAUCAGUGUACUUGCUUGAGCUAGACAGACAAGAAAACAGGGAAGCAGGAAACGCUCUUGCCCCAAAAUGGUGGUCACCCUUCAAAUACAGACUGGGGGAGACGCUAAGAGAUGAAAGGGAUGGAUCCAUAUUUGGGGCUGUCCUGAAAUGGGACCGAGCAGCCGCAUUAUCUGACCUCAUUCUUAUCAGACCUAGCGGUGCACCAAGUGCCGUUCUAGCACUAAGAGGAACCCUCCUCAAGACUCCAACCAUGAGAAGGGACAUCCAAGAGGAUCUACGCUACUUAGCUUUGGAAAGCUUAAAGGGGUCUGUUAGGUUCAGCGUGACCCAGAAAGCACUGAAGGCUCUUGCAGCAAAGUACGGAAGUAACAAUGUGUGCAUUUCUGGGCAUUCGCUAGGGGCGGGAUUCGCUCUUCAAGUGGGAAAAGCAUUAGCCAAACAAGGAAUAUAUGUUGAGGCACAUUUGUUCAACCCGCCGUCGGUUUCGCUGGCUAUGUAUUUGAGGAAUAUCGGGGAAAAGGUUUGGUUGGUUUGGAGAAAGUUCGUCAAAUCUGUGGCAACCCUGCCAUCUUCAAGCUCUUUGCAGAUUGGGAUGGGGCAAUGGGUACCACAUCUGUAUAUAAACAACAGUGAUUAUAUAUGUUGCUAUUACAUUGAUUCAUCAACAUCGUCAUCUGGUGGCGAUGGUGAUGAGAAGGAGGAUGAGAGGGCAAGAAACAGUCAAGCUGUUACUGCAAAACUUUUCUUAUCUGCUACAAAAGGGAAGCAGAAGUUUCUUGAAGCACAUGGACUGGAGCAAUGGUGGUCUGACAGCCUGGAACUCGAAAUGGCGGUAAAUAACAGCAGGUUGAUAAGCCAGCAACUGAAAUCCUUGUAUAACCUUCCCCUCUCGCAAACACAGGGAAAACACUAGGAGACAUGCAUGUAUGCAGAAGAAAGUGCGCGCAUACUCCAUUUCUCUGUUCAACAAAAUGAAUUCUCUAUUGUCGUUCCAAUGCUUUCAUCACCACAUCAUAUCAUCAUACUCUUUUGUCCCUUAAUAAUGAUAUCC